AUCAUGACUGGAAGAGGAAAGGGAGGAAAAGGUCUGGGUAAAGGAGGAGCCAAGCGUCACCGAAAAGUGCUGCGGGAUAACAUCCAGGGCAUUACCAAGCCCGCCAUCCGCCGUUUGGCUCGGCGCGGAGGAGUGAAACGUAUCUCCGGCCUCAUCUACGAGGAAACCCGUGGCGUCCUGAAAGUAUUUCUGGAGAAUGUGAUUCGUGAUGCGGUCACUUACACUGAACACGCCAAGCGUAAGACCGUCACCGCUAUGGAUGUGGUGUAUGCUCUGAAGCGUCAGGGCCGCACUCUGUACGGUUUUGGAGGUUAAAUUUAUCUCUAUAAAACUUCCAUGUGGAGUCUCAAAUCAAACGGUCCUUUUCAGGACCACAAUACAUUACUCAAGAGCUGUGUCUUUCGCAACAUUAAAAUGUUUUAUUUGAGAGAAAAAAUGUCUAUGAUGGCUUCGAAUGGUGUGCGUAUAACAUUUUACUUGCAUAACAAGCACUCACAAAAGUUUGCAUGCGUUUGAAGCGUACAUAAAAGCGACGAUUGAAGUGUUUGUUAAAAUAUUGAA